AUGGAGAAAGAAAUUGCUGUGAAAACGGAGCAGUUGAGCGAACUGGAGGGCCAACUUGAUGUGGCUAUAGGAAAGCUUGGGAGGUUCUGCGAAGAUCAAGAAAUUAUGGAUGAACAGUAUCGGGAACUAUAUCAUCGCAACAGAAGGUUGGAGACGAAGCUUCGGCAAAGAGUUGAUGAGCUUGAUGAUGUUAAAAAGGACUUGGUUGUUACGACCGAUAGGCUUACUGCAACCAAAAAUGCGUUCGAAGAAAUACAUGGAGUAGCUGGAAAGCUACAUAAAGAAUUGAGAGGAGUGAAUAAUCCUUUUUUGUUCGAAUAA